GGGUAAUUAGAUUCGUGUACGGCCGAUAAGUGACUCGUUUCAUCGGACCUAACCUAGCCCAUCGGUGACCCACUCUGAUGGAGACAUGAAGGCACUAGACAGUCGGCCGCAGUGUCCGGUGCUUUGCCGAAGACUGGACAAGUGAACGACGACGUCGGACGACUACUGCGACGGUCGCUGGUACUUUCGUUCGUUCGUUUGUUUAUCGCCGAACCUUGGCCUUCUCCGAAUCUCCUCUCGAGCCAGUGCCUGGACUGUCUGUCAGUGCAUGUACCACCGAGCCACCAGCUGACAAGAAGCCCAAGUCUGAGCUGCCGACACGAUCUCCCGCUUUCGGCACCGAGUAAAUAUUAUUGUUUAAUCCGACUUGACGACGACGGUUUUUGUGAGAAACACGCAGUGCGUCGUUGACACCCAGUGUGUGACACCCAGUGUGUGAUGAUAAUUGUCGUGUGCUGUUGCAAGUGAUCGUACCGAGAUGCUCAACUGUACCGAUCUCGAGUGCAUCUUGCACCACCAUCACUACUAUGCCCAUCUGCAUCAUCUCAAACACGGCACCCAUGUCGAAGAAGAAGCUAUGUCUACAGAAACGGACAUUAAGGAUGAUUCGAUACAGGCGCUUCUUAACGAUACAGAUUCGGAGCUUUCGAGUCUAUCACCUCUAGAUGCCCCAAACCAGAGUUUGUAUAUGAUUGGAGGCGUGUGCGUCGCCAUGUUCCUGGUCGGAGUGAUCAUUAUCCUUCUGGCAGUCACAAUCAGCAAACUCCGUAAGCGCGAGGAGCACAGCAACAGUGUCCAUCCCGCCGACGUGGUCCUGCAGACCGCGCCCGCGGCCAACCCUGUGGUCACGCAGCCGUCGGCGCCCCAGGCCCUCCAGCCGGAUCCGUUGGCUUACCGCGGCCAAAUCCUCUGGCACUACUCGCCACCUCCAUCCCAACAGUACCUGUACAAUAACGACCAGGAUAAUCUUGUACAAAACCUGAACGCCGAGCGUCCAGGAUUCGUGAGGGGAUUCAGAAAGAACCUUGGAGGACGUUGGAGGCGUCUCGUGAAAAAGAAACCACAGACAGACGUGUAUACCAUUCCCGCAGAGCUGAAGCCGCAACUAAAGCAGAUCUAUGUAUAUUAAGAGCGGAGCGUAAAUGUGCCCCCAAAAGACUGCUGCGGCCUCGUCAACAGGCGGCUUCGCAUUUUUUUUUUAAUUGUGACGACCAUAAUGAAGACCGUCAACGAAGCUGGGAAACAAUGGGACGUCUGGUUUUCUUCCGCGGACGGCGCCAACAUUGGCGUGGCCUUUAGAAUCUUUUGUCGGCCUUCCUUAAUGAGACUGAUUAAUUGAUACAACUUUAAUUUACUCUUAUUGAUCUUUGACAAUGAAGAUGAUUUUAGAUUGAUUACGAUUGUAAAUAGUACAUGUUAGGUUGCAAUCUCACUGUAAACCCUCUCUUUCUCCCAGUUUACUUUUUGAUGUGCACCCUAAAAACAAGGAAAAUGUGAUUUUAGAGCUAUAACUGCACAUAAUUUCCGGUUCGUACGGAACUUUAUUGUGCUGAUAUUUUAUUUAGUUUAAUUGUCAAAGCGCUUUUGUAGAAAAAUUUACAUUUAUAGUUGGUUAGAACUAUUUGACUCAUAUUGAGCCUUGUAUUCUGAAUGUUGUGAUGUUAAACUAUGAAAUUUUGAAGCAAACAUUCACGAAUCUCCCGGUUUUGCUAUCAGUAAUUAAUUCUGUUUUUAUUAUUAUGUAGCUUAUGAGACGCACCAGAUGCGCUUCUCAUUACUAGUCAAAUAUCGCUAAUAAUUCAAAAAUAGUUUAAUGAUUAAAUAAAUUAUUAUAUUAAUGCAGUAUUAUAAUUUAUUAUGAUUACUAUAGAUUUGAUAAAACAUUCAAAAUUCAACAAGAUAGCAAAAUAAAUUAGUUACCCACAUAUCAGGCCAUUAUCAUUCAUAUUUAUAAUUUUUAAGCAAUAAUGUAAAUAUCUGUAUAAUAAAAAAUUGUUACUUUUUGAA